AAUUUUUCAAUUCCUUCAUCCUUCGUCGUUGACAUGUUUCAGAUCCGAGUGGAGGCUGCCGACAUGGCCGAGGAAGAGGAGGCCAAGGCCGAAGAGCCACCGCUCGACGACGCACAAGAUUUACAAGGUGCAUCCUUCCUGGCUGGCAACCCGCAAGUGCGCGAGACCACGGGCAAGCUUCGUUUCUACCGGGCGGACAAGCCGUACUCGUCAUCUUCAUCGUCUGGGGGUAGCCAACAACUGCCCAAUGAGCGUAGCACGUUGGUCUGCGUAGUUACAGUGCCGUCGCAUAUGUCACCUGUGGAGAUUCUCGAGUUCCUGGCCAGUUUUCGGGAGGAUAUCGCGCUCGUGCGCAUUUUGAAGGACCCAGAGCGCAGCAACUGUAUGGUGCUCAUGCAAUUCAAUUCACAAGAAAGAGCGGACCAAUUCUUUCAGGUCCAUAAUGGCAAGUACUUCAAUUCGAUCGAACAGGAGCGUUGCAAAAUUGUGUUUGUGAGGAGCAUUGAGUUUGACCCAGUAAUAGAUGAAGACGACCCAGAUUGUGAUGCGUUGGAGGAAAAACACACUGAUGGAGAGGACACUGCUGCUCCAAUGCCGUCGAGUCCGCGAUCAGAGAGAAGAGCUAGCAACGCACAGAUCAGGAAGCUAUUCCCUCCCCCACCCGCAGGCAUGACUGAGAUCCCGACAUGUGCGGUAUGUCUGGAUAGGCUGGACGCGUCAGCGUCGGGCAUUUUGACGACGCUGUGCAACCACUCGUUCCAUUGUGACUGCCUCUUUCGAUGGGAAGGAUCGAGCUGCCCUGUAUGUCGGUACAGCCACGGAGACAUUGGCUCAUCGUGUGAAGUGUGUGGCACAGCCGAACACCUUUGGAUCUGCCUGAUCUGUGGUCAUGUGGGCUGUGGUCGCUACUCGGGCGAGCAUGCAAAACAGCAUUAUCAAGAAACUCUGCACACAUAUUCACUGGAGUUGGAGACGCAGCGCGUGUGGGACUAUGCCGGUGAUGGAUAUGUGCACCGACUGAUUUUGAACAAGCAAGACGGCAAAUUCGUCGAGUUUCCGAGUCCAAACAAUCUUAGCGGUGAGCGCUCGCAAACUCCACCCACCACCUCUGCCGAAGAAGAAGAAGGGGAACACCGCAAACUCGAGAAGCUUGCAGUUGAGUACAACUUCCUCCUGAAAAGGUAGGAUAUAUGUGUUAGUCGGUUGGCGAAUGACCUAUGUAUGUCUAAUACUUUUGUCUGUACUAGUCAAUUAGAGGAGCAACGCCUCUACUACGAACGGUUGCUUGCACGUGUGGAAGAAGGCGAGAGCCGGCAGUUGCUGAAUGCACACGAGCAUGAACGCAAGCAUCUGAAAAAGGCAAACACAACUCUAGUGGAAAAGACCAAGAAGCUCGAGGAGGAGUUGACGUUUGUCAGGUGAGGAGUGCAUGCAGAGUUAUAUGUGUAGAAGUUUCCCAACUGAAUGUUUUUGUGACGCAGAGAGCUGAAUAAGUCCCUGAUCGACAACCAGAAGCAGUGGAAGGAGCGUGUGCGGCUGUUAGAAGAGCAAAACGCACGAAUUGAACAGGAGACUGCGCUGCGCAUUGGCGAUCUAGAGGGUCAAGUGCGUGAUCUCAUGUUCUAUCUCGACACCCAGAACAAGGUCGAGCAGAGUGCUCACCGCGAGGACAUUAUGGUGUGUCUUCCCUGCUAUUGCUAUCGCUGUAUUCAUCUAACCGUUUCUUCAUUUGUUGCAGGGCGGAACGAUCGAGAUCGAAUCGAAGUCAGCAGCUAAGGAAAAUACCUCGUCAUCAUCGUCAUCUAGACGAAAAGGCAAGAAAAAGAGAUAGAACAUGCAGGUGAAAGCCUAGAGCGCUAGUAAAUAAAAUUUUAGACAGGGAUAUUUUUGCUUUUGUGUACUUCAUGAAGUAAUUGUGAGCCUUUGGCCGUAACGUAACAGGAAACAACGAAGCUUUUAAGGCAGGAGCUUAUCCAAUUUCCUGACUAGUUGCUUUCCAGACCAGUUGCAUUAGCAUAUUCUCAGUACAUGAAAUGAUCCAGA